AUGGUUGGCGACCGAGAUCUCGCCCACGAGAUCCUCGUCCGGCACGGGGCCGUCUUUGCCGAUCGACCUUCCCUCUCCCCCGCUCUCCGGUUGCUCACGUCCAACCAGGGCAGUAUCAUUACAGCACGCUACGGGCCUCUAUGGCGGGUUCUCCGCCGAAACCUCGCGACGGAGAUACUCAACCCUUCGCGCGUCAGGCAGUGGGCUGAUACUCGCGAGUGGGUCCUGCACGUCCUCCUCGACAAGCUCCGCCUCGCAGCGACGGCCGGGGACGGCGUUGUGGUCGUCAAGGAGACCUUCCAGUACGCCAUGUUCUCCCUGCUGGUCUUCCUUUGCAUCGGCGAGAAGCUGGAGGAGGCGGCCGUGAGAGAGAUCGAGGCCGUGCAGAGGGAUGUGGUACGCUUCUUCGGGAAUUUCAGUGUCUUCGAGUUCACCCCCAAAAUCACUAGAUAUUUAUUCAGGGGGAGGUGGAACCAUCUUCUCCAGCUCCGGGAGCGGCAGAGGGAGAUCUUCCUCACUCUGAUCAGAUCUCGGCGCCAACAGAAGGAAUCUGGUGUUCCUGGGGAGAACAGCUUCCGCUACUCCUACUUGGAUUCCCUCCUGGACCUUGAGAUCCUGGAGGAGAAGGGGAGGAAGCUAAACGACGAGGAGAUCAUCGCUCUCUUCUCCGAGUUCGUCACCACCGGCACCAGCACCACCACCUCGGCGCUGGAGUGGAUCAUGGCGAACGUCGUCAAGCACCCUAUCGUGCAGGAAAGACUGGCAGAGGAAGUGGGCGCGAACACGGAGGAUGACCUGCAGAAGAAACCGUACCUGAAGGCCGUUGUCCUGGAGGGGCUCCGGCGCCAUCCGUCGGCUCAACUCCCCUUUCCCCCCGCCACAACGCAUGAGAUCUCUCUUGGCGGGUACACCAUCCCUAAGGGCACCAGCGUCGGUUUCGCGGUGGUUAAGAUGCACCUGGACGGGGAAAUGUGGCCAGAUCCGCUGGAAUUCCGGCCGGAGAGGUUUCUCCCUGGCGGCGAGGGGGAGGGUGUGGACAUCACCGGCAACAAGAACAUCCAGAUGAUGCCGUUCGGCGGGGGACGGAGGAUCUGCCCCGGGAUGAGCCUCGCUCUGCUCCAUCUGGAGUUCUUCGUGGCUAACCUGGUGGGGGAGUUCCGAUGGGGAGCGGCCGGCGGCGGCGAGGUCGACCUGACGGAGAAAAUCGAGGUCAGCGCGGUCAUGAGGAACCCCCCUGCGCGCGCGCAUCUCCUCCCGCCAUUAGCAGCACCGACCGGUGCUGCCGCCGCUCGCGCAUCUCCUCCUGCUGUGGAAUAUUAA